CACCCCGGUGAAUAAAACACAGUUCAGCUGCUCUGCUGGAAGUGUGGAGCUGUGCUGGGGCUGCUGGCUGCACUGAUCCCGUUAAACUCAGAGCCUCUGCAGAACGACAGGCAAUACUCAUCCCAACCCCCCCCCAAUUCACAACAGUACUGAGACGGCCAGCCAAUAUGCCUGCAAGGCUACGCAUCUUCUCCCUCAACUGCUGGGGAAUCCGCCAUCUGAGUAAGCACUGUGCUCAGCGAUAUGCUAUGAUUGGGGACCUGCUGAGCAAGGAGCAGCAUGAUGUAGCAGUACUGCAGGAGGUUUGGAGUGAAAAGGACUUCCUUUUCUUGAAAAAGAAACUCGGCGGCACCCAUCCUUACUGCCAUUACUUUAAAAGCGGAUUUUUUGGAAGUGGCCUGGCUGUCUUCUCAAAGCACAGAAUCCACGAUACAUUUCUCUACAAAUACACUUUAAACGGGUAUCCUUACAUGGCUCAUCAUGGAGACUGGUUUGGAGGCAAAGCUGUUGGGAAAAUACUGCUUAAUAUCGAUGGGCUGGAGGUUCACGUCUUUGUUACUCAUCUGCAUGCAGAAUACAGCAGAGAGCAGGACUCCUAUCUUCCUCACAGAGUAGUACAAGCCUGGGAGCUGCAGAACUUCAUACGGCACACCAGCGCUGGAGCAGAUGUGGUGAUAUUAGGUGGGGAUUUAAACAUGCACCCGACAGACCUCGGUAUCAGACUGCUGCAGAGCUACACUGAACUCAAGGACUGCUUUAAUGAGACGGCCAGUUUUGAUGGAUGUGAGCAGGGAUUCACUCAUAUCACAGACAAUCCCUUCACACAUAAGCAAGGGCUUGUUCCGUUUGGAGGAGGAAUCCGUAUAGACUACAUCUUCUUUAAGGGUUCAGAAAAAGCACAAGUGAGCUGUGAAUCUCUGUCCACUUCUAAAGGACCUAUCCCUGGUCAGCCCUUCCCUUAUUCCGACCAUGAAACUCUGAGCGCUGAGUUAGUGCUUUAUCCUGCAAAAGUAGAGAAAGGAGAAUCAACGCAGGAGAAAGUCUGCACUACAGAAAAGCUUUCCGAGCUGGUGAACAUCGUGACCGAGGCUCGUACCGAGGUGAAGGUGGGUCUGCACUGCGCUGAGCGCAUGCGCUACACGGCUGCUCGUACAGGGAUCAUGGGCCUGGCCCUGCUGCUGCUGGAGUUAGCCAUCGCUGCCGUCCCCUGCCUCGCCCUCGGAACCGAACAGAACUUCCCCAAAGCUUCCUUCUACCUGCUGGGAGCUCUGUGCUUCUCCAUCCUUUUCUCCACCACUCUGCUCUACAUCUUUUACGGUAUGGAGGUGAGGGCUUUACAGGGAGCCGAGGAUCAGAUGCGGCUUGCGGUCGGAAGCCUGCAGGAGCGUCUGAAGGAGAUCACCAACGGUGCGUCUGAGGAGCGUUCACAAGAGAAGGACCACGGUGACCCGCACGACUGAACCGCACACACUGGGAGAGUUUUUACUACUUGAUGAAGGAAGCAGCAGUACAGCUGCGUUGUAGACGUGACGAUUGUGCUCAGCUGAGCCAGAUUUUCUCUAUUUCACAAGCAUAUGCAAUGUAUAUUACUCCUCCGUAGAGAUGGGAUCAGACCACCUUUGUGAUUCCCGUAUUAAUACUGAAAUCUUGAGAAUGUUUAGAAUUAGAUCUGACUUUUUUUUUUCCUUUUAAAACUUAGAACGUAAAAGCUUUUAAAUGGGCUCUUUUAAUUAAAGCUCACACUUUAAUAUAAUAUAUUAUAAUAUAAUAUGAUAAGAUCUAAAAUCAUGCUCAAUUUACUUGCACUAUAACUUUCUUCUACACUAUAGCAAAAGCUAUAACACAAAGCUAAACUCAAAAUGCAUUUCAGCAUUUCAACACUCCAGUUACAGAAACAUUAUUUUGCAAUAUAUUUGCAAUAUAUCGUUUAAAUCAUAUUUUUGAAAGAAACUGUAUGAAAAACACAAUUAUAUUUAUGAAAUCUGAAUAACAAAAAACAUUUCUGCUGAUAUCCAUCCAAUACCCAUCAAUGAUAAUUAUAAUAAUAAUAAUAUCAAGAUCAGGUAAAUUGGAUAUUCUUAGUUGGCGAUACGAUGCGAUACAAUACGUAUCAUGAUACAGUACAAGGGUUCCAAUUCAAUAUACCACAAUAUUUUUGUGAUACUAUAAGCAAUUAAAAAGGCAAUAUAUGAUUAUAUUAUAUCGUUUAAAUCAUAUUUUUGAAAAAAAAAAACUGUAUGGAAAAACACAAUUAUAUUAAUGAAAUCUGAAUAACAGAAACAUUUCUGCUGAUAAAAAGCCCAGAAAAAUCUAAUAACGUAAAAAUAAAAACUGCCCAGAUAUGGAUUGGUACUCUGUGUCUGGUCAACUCCACAGUGCCCGAUGCAGUCCUCCAGGUGGACGGUAGUUAAAAAAAGUAAAAAAAAAAAAAAAAGUAAUUGUCACUGUUGUUCUUUCUAUAUACAGCUCUGGAUAAAAAAAAUAGAGACCACUUAAAAAAACAAUGAGUUUCUUUGAUUUUACCAGAUUGAAAACCUCUGGAAUAUAAUCAAGAGGAAGAUGGAUGAUCACAAGCCAUCAAACCACCAAAUUGAACUGCUUGAAUUUUUGCACCAGGAGUAAAGCAGCAUAAAGUUAUCCAAAAGCAGUGUGUAAGACUGGUGGAGGAGAACAUGAUGCCAAGAUGCAUGAAAACUGUGAUUAAAAAACAGGGUUAUUCCACCAAAUAUUGAUUUCUGAACUCUUAAAAGUUUAUGAAUAUGAAUAUGAACUUGGUUUCUUUAUCCUUUUUGUUAUUUCAGCCAUUUCUCAUUUUCUUCAAAAAUGCUCUAAAUGACAAUAUUUUUAUUUGGAAUUUGGGAGAAAUGUUGUCUGUAGUUUAUAGAAUAAAAAAAAACAAUCUUCAUUUUAUUUAAACAUAAACCUAUAAAUAGAAAAAUCAGAGAAACUCUUGAGAAUUUUUUUUCAGAGCUGUAUGUGUUGUAAGUUAAGCUUAUUAAUGUUUUUUUAAGUAUUUACAACUUACUUUAUGCACAUUAAUAAACUCCUUUAUAAACUAUUUAGAAACCAUUUAUAAAUGAUCCUUAUUUUAAAGGGGUACCAAAAUACUAUAUACUGACCUGUUAGUGGGUUUUAUGUUAUGGCUGAUACUCAGAAAUAUAUAAAAAUAUGUUACACAUUUGUGAAUAAUACCCUCAUCUAUAGUUGUCUGACUGAAUGUAUAAGCACUUGUCCUUAUUUCACAGCUAAGAAAAGAUCACAGACCAGUUUGUUUCUCUUGAGUGGAUUAAAUUUUGUCUCAGGAAAUGGUUGAACCAAUCAUCUUGCUCGGUUUCAAAAACAUAGAACAAUCAUUUUAACGAAAACCAGAACUGAAAUGUCUAAAAGGGCUGUGUUUUAUAACUUGACAAUAACUUGGCGAUACGAUACGAUACAGUACGUAUCAUGAUACAAGGAUUCCGAUUCAAUAUAUCACAAUAUAUUGUGAUACUGUAAGCAAUAAGAAGGCAAUAUAUUGCAGUUAUUUAAAUCAUAUUUUUGAAAAGAAAAAAACUGUAUGAAAAAAAACAAUUAUAUUUAUAAAAUCUGAAUAACAGAGAAUUACUUUUAUCCAAUCAGAACAGUAGAAUCUAACUACAAAGCACAACACUGUUAUCUAGUGGGUGGAGUUUAAACACAACAAUAAAUGAACCCCAUCUGACACCAAUCUUUAUAUCUUAACGAAUAUUUGAAUAAAAAAAAAAAUCAAUAUUGUAGUUUUGAAAAUCUUGCAAAAAUAUUGCAAUACAAUAUCAAUAUUUUAUUAUAGUUAACAUCACUCUGUAGGUAAAUAUACUGUAACUACUCUCCCAAGCUGCAUUAGAAGAAUGGACCAGUAUUUCUUACCAAAAAUGAGGCCUGUAGUGGUAGAGCAUUAAUAUUUCAUAGAAAACAUUAAAGACAUUAAAAAGAGUUGGAAAAAUCUACUAAUUUGUUUAUUGAUGAAUGUGUGUAGGCCUGUCACGAUAAUUAUUUUAGAAUGGAUGAAAUACAGUUAAAGAAUUGAUUGCAAUAAACUAAUGUAUUGUAAUUUUAAGAUAUCAUGGUAAUUUAAUAGCAUAAUAAUUAAUAACAAUUACACUCUUUAAGGGCAUUUUCACGUCAGUAUUUGGUUUCUAUGGUUCGGAUCAGUUGAUAAAUUUGUUUAUUUGGAGCAUUGCUCCCUCUGUUUGGUUUGGUUUCACACAGGCAUAAACCUAAAAGCACCAAAAUCGUCUCCUCUGAUUGGUCAGAGCUGUCUGGCGCAGGAGCAAGAAAGUAAAUCAAGUGAGAAGAGAAAAUAUGAAAAACAGAUAGUAGUAAAUGAAAUUGUGUGUUUGUGAGCAGUGAAUGCUGCACAUAGUGUGCAUGUGUAAACAGCACGGAGCAGCAGAGACAGCGUUUGUUCUUACCUGUAGUAAUUAGUGUUAUCUGGCUAAUAUAUCAGAUUAAACUGCACCUUAUUUAAGCAAUUUAGCUCAUAUAAAAUUAGUUUAUUUGAUAGCUGGGUCGGAUCGAGAACAGAAAUGAACUGCUCCAGAGUUUAUUUGGGACCUGACACGAGGCAAACUCCUCUAGCUGGUCUUGGUCCAGUUGUUUUAUUUUACACUUGAGUUUGAUUACUAUUUUUUUUUUUAGGACUAAAGCCCUAUCUGGACAGGAUUAGUUUCUCAGGGGGGCGUCUGUGAAAAAUAUUACACACUUCUACUCAGUAAUUAAACUCCUGCAUUCGGACUGCAAUUAAAAAAACAGGAGGAUCAGUGAGUUUUUUUUUUUUUUUUUUUUGGCUUUCUCAGUCACAUGACAUCGAGUUCAGUAGCUCCUCCAUUUCCACUCGCUGUUGUGUUUUUAACGUGGAUCUUUGUGGGAAUGUGCAAUUAAAAGUGUAAUUACGGUGCGCUGCAGUGGACAAAUAGCUAUUUUAUUAAAUGUGAGGAGACGAAACUCAGAGAUGUGGAUCUGGACAGGACUAAAAUUACCGGAGGACCACGGAGUUCAGUGCAGAAAAACAGUAGAUAUUUCAGCCUGUAAUAUUCUCAGAGGAUGUCUGAGAAAAACACAUACAUGGUCGUUCUGGAUGGGAAUAAAAUUACAAAGGAUAAAAAAACCCAUAAAAGAAAAAAAUAUUCCAGGACCCCCUGAGAGACUAAUCCCAUCCGGAUAGGGCUUAAAAGUACAAAUAAACCAGAGUUCAUUUUAACUGGACCAAAUAGUGCCGGUGUGAAAAUGACCCUAAAAAGAAAUUAACUUUUGAUUUUAUAAAGUAAUCAGACACUGGAGUUGAAGUUUACAGAUGUUUUAAAACCAUUAAUAAAUAAGACAUAACUAAAUUUUGGAAGGAAGAUCGUACCUGAAGCUCCUCCCCUUUUCAAUCUAACAUCCUAUAAAUCCCUUUAACUCUGUUUAACUCUCUCACUCCUCAUUCUGCUUAUAGUAGAGGGGGGACACGCUUUCUAUGACAAGCUGAAGCUGCCCGAACUCCAGCCCAGCUUUAAAAGUUCUCAAAUUUUUCCACUUUUUUGUCUUUCUCUUCCUGAUUAGCUAUAAGCUGAUUGCAUGUUUUGAACUAGCAAAAUAAGCUAAGUAAACACAACAGUCAGUAACUUGUACAACACCUCAAAAACAUAAUUACCGUGACAGGUCUAGAUGUUUGCAUUAAUAUGCAUUAUACUAUGUGCAUAAAACUGUGGCAUUAGACGUAUAGCAUUAAUUUUUUACCUCAGACUGAUCUGAAACCUGCUGGGCAGGUGAUUCUGAAAGGGUUAACCUCUCGGAUUGUUUACGGCGGUUUAUUGUUCUCCUCAUUUCAGAUGUUUCCCAUCUGCCACCUGUUUAUCACACGUCCCACAUGUUGUUUUUACACGACCAGUUGUAUACGCCCAUUGUAUAUGAGCUGUUCUGUUAUAUUACCUCCAUAUUUGCAGUCUGUCUUAUUCAGUACACUCAUUUAAAAUAAUCUUCUUCUGUUUAUUUAACUAUACUUCAUCAACGUUACAGAGACUGUGUGAAGAAAUAGGUUUUGCAAUAUUAGAGAAUAUUUAAUGUAGGCUUAAGGCUGUAGUUAGUAAUCUGCUGUAAUAUGGAGCUUAAAUGAUAUAAAGAAGCAGAAGAAGUAUUAGAAUCUGCAUUUUGUAUAUUGUAAUUAAAUUGACCUGAAUAAACUUUUGAAUUAACUUGAACUAUUUAAUAUGGUAAUUCAUAAAAAUAAAAAUAAAUAAAAAAUUACAAAAAUUCCUUUUUUUUGUAUUUUGAACUUGGUGAGGUGGUAAAAAAUGCUGUUAAAAAUAUAUAUAAAUACUUUUUCAAUGUUAUUUAUUGAUUUAUUUAAAUAAUUUCAGAUAAAAAUAUUUCCGGCAUAAAAUAAUUAAUGUUCAUAAAUUCAAAUCAGUUUGAUUCACAACUCAAAAAUACAAAUUUAGGUCAAAGGUGAAACAUCCAGUAGAUAAAUUUAAUUGAAUUGAUGCAUCUUAAAUCAUACAAUAUGUUUUGAAUUUUCUGUUGAAAAAAAAAAAUACAAUAAAAAAAAUAACUUUUUUUCUUUUCUUUUUUUCAACAGAAAAUUCAAAACAUAUUGUAUGAUUUUUUUUCAUUAAAUAUUUUAAUUUUAAUCAAAAGUAAAGUACGUUUAUUCAAUAAUGCGAAAUGCAGAUUCAAAUGCUUAUGUCAGCUUUAUUCUCCAUACUGUAUCUAGUUAAAAGACACACAUAUAAAGACACAGAAGUAUUAGAAUCUGCAUUUUGUGUAUUGUAAUUAAAUCUACCUGAAUAAACUUUUGAAUUAACUUGAAAUAUUUCAUGAGCUAAUUCAUAAAAUUAAAAAUUCUACAUUUUAAAAAUGCUUUUUUUGUGUUUUAAACUUGGAAGUGGUGAAAAAUGCUGUUAAAACAUACAUGCAUUUUUUUUAUAUAUUAUGUAUUCAUUUAUUUAAAUAGUUUCAGAUAAAUACACUUCAAGUAUGAAAUAAUGAAUGUCCAUAAAUUAAAAUCUAUUUGAUUCACAACACAGAAAUACAAAUCUAGGUCAAAGGUAAAAGAUCUAGUAUAUAGAUUUAAUUUAAUUGAUGUUUCUAAAAUGUAUGCAUCUGAUUAUUUUUCUUUAUCUUAAGUUAUUUUAAAUUGUAUUUAUUUUUUCAUCUGCAAAUUUCUCCAUCUCACAAGUUCAGAACACAAAACACAUUGUAAAAAAAUAAAUAAAAUGUAUGAUUUUUUUCCAUUAAAUAUUGAAAUUUGUAUUCAAAAGUCAAGUCACUUUAAUUCCAUUAUUCAAAAUGCAGAUUCAAAUAGUUACGUCUGCUUUAUUCUCUAUACUGUAUCUAGUUUUCUUUGUAUGACGCGAACAACUACAUGGAAAUAUACUGUAUGUUACCAUGUAUAUGUUCAUCAUAAGUCCAUCACUCCAGUUAGUUACAAUUUAUGAAGUCAGAUGCACUUUUCUUGAAGAAAUAAAUUAUGCAUUUUGCAACUGAGAAGCUGA